AUGACCACAGGCACGACCACCUCGCAUACCAACACCGCCGACACGACGACCCGUUCGGCUAGAAACACAGGUACGACCACCUCGCCUUCAAACACCGCCGACACGACGACCCCUUCGGUCAGAAACACAGGUACGACCACUUCGCCUACCAACACCGCCGACACGACGACCCGUUUGGCAAGAAACACAGGUACGACCACCUCGCCUACCAACACCGCCGACACGACGACCCCUUCGGUCAGAAACACAGGUAUGACCGACUCGCCUACCAACAUCGACGACGCGACGACCCCUUCGGUUAGAAGCACAGGCACGACCACCUCGUCUUCGAACACCGCCGACACGACGACCCGUUCGGCUAGAAACACAGGUACGACCACCUCGCAUACCAACACCGCCGACACGACGACCCGUUCGGCUAGAAACACAGGUACGACCACCUCGCCUACCAACACCGCCGACACGACGACCCCUUCGGUCAGAAACACAGGUACGACCACCUCGCCUACCAACACCGCCGACACGACGACCCCUUCGGCUAGAAGUACAGGCACGACCACCUCGCCUACCAACACCGCCGACACGACGACCCGUUUGGCUAGAAACACAGGUACGACCACCUCGCCUACCAACACCGCCGACACGACGACCCCUUCGGCUAGAAACACAGGCACGACCUCCUCUCCUUCCAAUAACACCGACAUGAUGACCCCUCCGGUUAGAAACACAGGUACGACCACCUCGCCUUCGAACACCGCCGACACGAUGACCCCUUCGGCUAGAAACACAAGCACGACCUCCUCUCCUUCCAAUAACACCGACAUAACGACCCCUUCGGCUAGAAACACAGGCACGACCAUCUCUUCUUCCACCACCGCCGACACGACGACCCGUUCGGCUAGAAACACAGGCACGGCCACCUCGCCUACCAACACCGCCGAUACGACGACCCCUUCGGUCAGAAACACAGGUACGACCAUCUCGCCUACCAACACCGCCGACACGACGACCCGUUCGGCUAGAAACACAGGCACGACCACCCCUCCUUCCAACGCCGCCGACACGACGACCCCUUCGUUUAGAAACACAGGCACGACCACCUCUUCUUCCAACACCGCCGACACGACGACCUCUACGGUUAGAAACACAGGCACGACCUCCUCUCCUUCCAAUAACACCGACUUGACGACCCCUCCGGUUAGAAACACAGCGACUGCAGCCAGCACAUCAGCCCCUGAUACAACGGCCAAUGGCACGCUGGUCACUGAUACCACUAAUGGUGUUCCCCCUGACAAACAUGCAAGUGAAACUACGACCGCUGACACCACUAUUAGGGCUGCGACCACUGACACUAUCCCUUCUGAUACUAUGGCCACUACAACCACUGCAGCUGCUACAACAACUGGCACAACCGUUAACGCUACACCUAUCGCCACUGGGGCUUUUCCCGCCAACUCGACGUCCACACAUUAUACAGCUGUCAGCAGUGUCAGUAAUCUCACUGUUACUGCCGGUUUUACGCCCACUGUCACGACAAACGGGGCCUUCGGAAACGACACCACGACCCCCAGCCCGACGGUGCCCCCGCACCUCCCCUCCUGCAGCUGCGGGUGCAAGGCCAAUAUUACAUCUACCACUGUGAUCAGAUGCAAAAAGGGCGCCAAAGGUUGCAAGAAGCGUGGCAGCGUCUUCCUGAAGGUAUUGCAGAGAAUCAAACGCAACUAAACCUCGCGCCCUAAGAAUCUCCGAUGUUUUGCCUUCGAUGAAACCGAGUAGCCAGGCUGAUUUCUUUGGGCGUUGGGUCGAAGCGUCUUAAUCUUGGAAUGACGAUUGCAAGUGAUUGAGAGAAUAUCAUUCAUCUUAGUAGUUUGUGGGACUCGAGUCCUAAAGAUUUUAUAUAUGAUUAUUACCAAAAUUAUCCUGUAAACAAUGCAUACACAUUUUAAAAGGCUUGUGUGAAUGAAUGCACAUACCAAGCACGUAUUUCUUAUUACUUCAAUCAAAGUAGUUACGUUCAUAAUUUAAAUACAAAAUUGUUAUGAUCCGAGCAACUGUCAGGGCGAAGGCGUACAGUGACUCGCAGCGUUUAGCCGCAACCUCGAUUAAUUCCUUCUUCGCUUAAAGAAGUUACGCGAUGAGGGAGGCUUCGUGCGAUGCUUGGCAAUGCCUGCGAGCGGUCUUCAGUGGGAGGCUUGCCCCACCAU